AUAAAGUUCAAACAUAAAUCAGCAGAACAAAAUGAGCUUUUGCAUAUUUAGAUUCAUGAGAAGUUUCACAAACAUAUAUAAUGUUCAUUAGCCUAUACUUGAAGAGAUUUUCUUUGUUUGGUUUUACAACACACAUUAUACACAGUCAAGCUUCAAACAUGAAAUUUGGAGUUUCUGUGUUUUACAAGUUGCUAGAUAAGGACUAUAAACAUACUGGAUUAGAUCCAGGUUUAUCAUUUAGAGAACAGUUUUCUACAUAUCUAACAAUUCAGUUGGGUUUUCAUUUCCUGAUCGUUCUUUUGCGUCUCCCGUAAAGUCCAGAUUAUCUUCAGCAAGUUUAACAUUUAUCCCAGAAGAAUGGACUUCGACUUGCCGCCUCCUCUCCCGGUGAGCAGUAUCCCAUGGGAAAGGAUUCUCCCACCCUUAUUCCCCCGGUGGAACGGGACAAUUGGACCUUAUUCAUGGACUCCGACCAAACUUUUAAUCCCAGUCUCCAAGGCCACCGGAGCAGCACAGGUUGCCUGUGAUCAUAAAGGAUUUACUGUGCAGGUUGAUGUGAAACAUUUCAGUCCUGAGGACCUGCUGGUUAAAGUUGUUGGAGAUUAUGUUGUGGUUGAGGGAAAACACGAACAAAAUAAGGAUGGUUCAGGACUGGUGACACGUAAGUUUAACCGGCGAUACCGGAUCCCAAACGAAGUGGACAUCAUGGCACUGGAAUCAGCCAUGUCAACAGAAGCAUGCUAGUAAUCUCAGCACCUCUGACAUAGAGACAAUUCCAG